ACAACAGGAUGCACUUCAUGUGAGUUUUAGUAGAGUUUAGUACAUUGUGCACAUGGUAAAAUAUUUCAUUUUUUAUAGGUAGUAAUUAUUGUUGGAAUAGUACGGGUGUAGCUCUUUGUGGAACUAGUUCUAGUACUAUUAGUGACCCUCGAACUAUUAAUAUAGCUACAGACGAUACCAUUUAUGUUGCUGGUCAUCAAACUGGAGUUCUGAAGUGUACAGCGAGUCAGACCAGUACUAGUCUAGCAACAACAGCUUAUGGUGAUCAUGUUGAUUAUAUUAGUUUUGAUAGAAAUGGAUCCAUGUAUACAAAUGAUCAUAAUGACGAUACGGUACGUCGUUAUGCAUCAGGUUCUUCAACUGGAGUUCUUGUGGCAGGAGCUGGCUCAUCUGCUACUGGUACUUUCGCUCGUCCAGUUGGUACUGCUAUUGAUGACAACUUCAAUCUUUACGUAGGUGAUCAAGAUGCUAAAUUAGUGAAAAAGUUGGCAGCAGGUUCAUCAAGUCUUGUUACUGUUAUCAACACUGCCAGUUACAUUGACAAACUCUCGGCACUUUUAUUUCCAAAAGAUGCAUCAGAUCGACUUUUUAUGAGUGAUGAAAACCAAAAGGAAGUUUACUUAUGGAAAUUUAAUGCAACUGCUCCGAGUGUGACAUACACAAAUGUUGCUGGUGGUACUACACUUAAAAAACCGAGAGGUCUCAAAUUAGAUCCUUACGGAAAUUUAUAUGUUGCAGACAAUGAUAAUUCUCGAAUAGUGAUGUAUUGUGUAAAUUCUACAACGGGCAUUGUUAUAACGUCGAUCUCUGGCAAACCAGAAGAUUUGGCAUUUGAUUCUGAUAUGAAUCUUUAUGUAUUGACAGACACAGGAAAAAUAUUAAAACAUAGUUUACUAUAG